GUCUGACCGGUCAACUGAAGUGUUUAUUUUCUCACAUUUUUUAUUUUUAAAAAGUAUCAAGUUAUGUUAUACUAACAAAUCUCAUCUUUCUAAAUUUUCAACAUUAAAAUGAUGAGAAAUAUCCAUACCGCAAAUGUCUGAUGUUUUAUAUUCUUAUCUGUUUAAAUUUUAAAAUUGUGUAUAAUAUUUUAUUACAUUUUACAAUCAAAAUAUUUAUCAAAUAUAUUUAAGAGCUUAAAAAUUAUAAUUCGAAUGGAACAGAAGAAUAACUCGUCAAGCGAUGAAGAACUUGAUGUACAAAGUGAAAAAUUUAAUCCUUUGAAAGCGUUGUAUGCAAAACGAAUUAAAUUGCCAUGUAAAAAUGUUAAGAAACUCGAUAAUGUCAGCAGCUUUUUGUCUCGCGUUCAAAGAGCCGGCAAUGUUCUUGACUCUGAUCUCAAUGUUGUUCCUAACAAAACUAAAAAGGAUCAAGAAACUGAAGCAGUUGAUACACAAAAAUAUCACAUAACAGCACAUGGUAGAAAGUUUUUAAAGGAGCAAGCUCCAAUACAUCGUGGAAAAAGCUCAAAAUUCACACGAAAUAUCUUCAGUAGAAUGGAACAAUGUAAAGGUCCAUUAGAGCUGCUAAAGAAAUUCAGAAAUAAUAAAACAAAAGUGAUAAUUUAUAUAAGAAAAGAACAUGGAAUAAGAGGCACAAUCACAGGUUUCAUCAAUGCAUUUGACAAACAUUUAAAUAUCGCGCUUGUUGAUUGCAUAGAAAUUUGGAAACGAAGAAAAUUUAACUUCAGUGAAAAUAAAGUUUUGCUCGGUCAACCAGAAGAUUGCUCGAAACUUCUCAAUUUGAUGGGCAUCAAAGUUCCAGAAAUCACAACUAAAUCAAUCAAUAGAAAAACUGUUGAAUGUACGAGAAAAAUCCCUCAACUUAUGAUUCGUGGCGAAGAUGUUGUUCUCGUGGCAGCCAAAGAUGAAAAAGGAACAAAUGAUAGCAUUAAAUCUUAAUCCACUUGUCUUAAAAUGUUGUCAUGAAAACUUUUUAAUUUCUCAGAUUAUUUUCAUCGUCGCCAAUAAAAAAAACGAAUUAAAAUUA